GAAAGGCCCAAAGUGAUGCCCCAAAAUAUGACGUCUCUGUACACUCAGCUUAGCCCUGAUGGGCCCAAGGCCGGAGGUGGACUUGUAGGUGGCCCUGCUGACUUACCACCUUUAAAUUUAUUCGAAAGAGAGGCAAACGAAGUCCGAAAUCACCGCGUCAAUUGGCAGUCAUAUCUUCAGGGCCAGAUGAUUUCACAGGAGGACUUUGCAUUCAUCAAGGACUAUGAUCUAGCUGGACCCGAAAGGAGAGACCAACUGAUCCAGGCCCUGGGCCCACUCUGUGCCAAGACCCUGGUCCGUCUCAUGGGCCGCAUCGCCAAGGAGAUGACAGUGCGCUACAUCCUCACCCUGGUAGAUGAUAUGCUCAAGGAGAAGCCAGAGCGGGUUACAGUGUUUGCUGAGCAGGGCAGGAAGAGUAAGACGAGUCCAUGGGUUCCAUUCCUCACACUGCUCAACAGAGAGGACCAGUUUGCAACCACCCAGUCUUGCCGGAUCGUAGCCAAACUUGCCACGUACGGCAAGGAGCGUAUGAACUCCAGCGAUCUCAAGUUCUUCUUCAACUGGAUCCGUAAUCAGCUGACGACGCAGAACAACGAGUACAUCCAGACAGUGGCCAUGUGUCUUCAGCAGAUGCUCAAGUAUAACGAGUACAGAGUGGGAUUCAUGGCAAAUGACGGAGUCAGCACGUUGAUUCUUGUGUUGUCAGGUAAAGUUAGCUUCCAGAUUCAGUACCAGCUUAUCUUCUGUAUCUGGAUGGUGUCCUUCAACCCAGCUCUGUGUGCACAGAUAAACAAGUACAAGAUAGUUCCCGUGCUGGCAGAUAUCCUGAGUGAAAGUGUAAAGGAGAAAGUGACAAGAAUCAUCCUAGCUGUCUUUAGGAAUCUGGUGGAGAAGCCUGAAGAGAAGGAGGUCACGCAGGAGAAUGCUCUGUCCAUGAUCCAAUGUAAGGUCCUCAAGCAGCUGGAAGUCCUGGAAGGGCAGAAGAUCGAGGAUCCAGAUAUCGCAGAAGACAUUGAAUACCUGAACGAGAACCUACACAACAGCAUGCAAGAUCUGAGCUCCUUUGAUGAGUAUUCCACAGAGGUGAAGUCUGGCCGGCUAGAGUGGAGUCCAGUCCACAAGAGCGAGAAGUUCUGGAGAGAGAAUGCUGCCAGGCUAAACGAGAAGAACUAUGAACUACUCAAGAUCUUAACAAGACUGCUGGAGAGUUCCAAAGACCCCCUCAUCCUGUGUGUAAGUGCUCAUGAUGUAGGAGAGUAUGUCAGACACUAUCCCAGAGGAAAACACGUGAUAGAACAGCUUGGAGGUAAACAUCUUGUGAUGCAAUACAUGACACAUGAAGAUCCCAACGUUAGAUACGAAGCUCUGCUGGCAGUCCAAAAACUAAUGGUCCAUAAUUGGGAGUACUUAGGAAGACAGCUGGUUCAGCAAGAUACAAGCUAGGAGAAGUCUAUCUGACAAUCUAGCAUCAACAACUAGCAACUCUUAGAAAUGAUGUCUGCUUCUAUUUGUAACAGCAUUCCCAUCAAGUUUGGACUGGACAUAUCUAUAAUUUUUUCCAAAUAUUCUCUCUUUUUCAUCCUGAUAGUGAUACGAACUGUGCAUGACUUUUCAGAAUUGAAUUUAUAGACAUGUUUUCAUUUUUGGUCAAUUUUGUUUAGUACCAAAGUAAAGGGUAUUGCAAUGUUAAAAAACAAAAUACAUUUGUCAUUUACAUUACUCCUCAUACAUUUUUGUUAAAUGAUGAAUUGAAAUAGAAUUAGGGUCUUACGUUUUAAAGCCCCACUGUAGCUACUUGGUCCCCCAUGAUCCCCUUUUUCUUAUGUUAAUUGAGAGCUGAUGUGAUGAGAUAACCACCUGUCAGUGACCCUGCAGGGAGGUCUAAUCCCCUGGUUAAACUAGUGCGAAAAGGCUUUGAUGUAAAAUGAUUUCUUGUCCAUUAAUUUUCCUUUCAUUAUCUGUUUUUAUUUCUUCUCUUUCACCUGCUGGUGGUUUCAAAAUCUGAAAGAAUAUGGUCUGUAUUUUGUUUAGUUUUUAAAGAUCGUCAUGUUCAUUAUGAUUGAAGGGAAAUGGGUAUUGAAAUGUAUGUGUGGAAACAAAUAGUCUGCAGCAGAAUAUGUGCAUAUUGAUUAUUAUGCAUAGUGCAGAGAACACUUCCAUGCUUUGCUGUUUUGUCAAAGAGUAUUGAAAAAAUGUGGCUUUUCUGCCAAUAUAGAAUUAUCAGCUCAUACACAUCAUGUCUUCAUGUAAUGGCAAGGGGGGGGGGGGGGAUGUAUUAUCAAUGUAAGACAGGAGACAGGUACAAAAGUAUGUCAAGAUUAUCUUUCAAGCAAUACUGUAGGCAAUGUUAUGGUGGAUCUUAAAUGUGAAGUCUAGAUGUGUCUUUGUAAAUUUAUGUCUCUUAUAAAAUUCUUGAUUUGGUUGUUAUCCCUCAUUUGGUGAGCCAGUUUUGAAGACAUAUUUCCAGAAUGUGCAAUUUGGUGAAUCGUUUUUUCCAUAAAGUAUUAUCUUGGAUGAUUUCAAUGAUGUAAUUAUCAUACCCUUGUUGUCAUGUGGUGAAUUCUCUUUCAUUAAACACAUUUUUCAUUGUUUAUUUACAAUUUUAUGCAAAGCAAAUAGAGUACUGUAAUUUAAAAAGAGAAAAAUCAGGGAUGUUUGCAAUUUCGGAGGGUCAUGGUAAUCAAAGUUUGUCAAAGUUUGCAGGUUUUCUUUAUCAAAAGAAAAUAAUUACUGGGGGUAGUGUCAUUGUCAAAUGGUUGAAUCGCUUGUCUAGGGAUGCAACGGUUGUGGGUUCGAGCCCCUGCCUCAGCAUUCGUGCCGUUAAGUAAGGUAUUUUCUUUACAUUGCUUCUCUCUGCCCGGGUGUCCAAUGGAUACCGAGAAGGAUGAGAAUGUUAUUGUAAAUGGCUUAAAGCAUGUGCGGGCCUGUAAAAAUGGCAAACUGGUUGGACAGCUCCCCAGUGGAGUGUGAGUGUUAACUGAAUUUGCAGAUAUGAAUUGAUUUGAGUGACUUUGGUAAAGUGCUUAAGACAUUUAUUUGUAACUGGUAAAGGUGUUGGAAUGUAUUGAUUCAUUGGUGCUUUUAUUUGGGGGGGGGGGGGGGGGGAGGAGGGGGUGGUGAUGGGAUGGUGUGUAAGCAUGGAACCAACUACAUGUUUAUACAUGUUUAGGAGAAGAAGAAGAAACAAUCAUAGUAUACGUACCUAAAAAAAAUCAAUUUGAUUACCUCUUCCUUUCUUUUGUUGUUAUAUUGCUGCCAAUUAUAAUAAAUUCGAUCGAAAUGUUAAAUGUUAAAAAUUAUGAAUGGGUGGAACCGACGACAAUAAAUCAUAGAUGAAUGUGAUACUGGAAUUUGUCAAUGUUAUGAAUACCUCACAAUGAGGAGUUUGAAGAUUUAGAAGAGCUGAAAAUGUUGGCAGAAUUCUUCUUGCUAAUCAAAGGAAUUUGUCUUAUGGUAUAUGAUCAUUUUGAUUUGCUCCAUGAAUUCUGUCAUAAGAGUACAUUAUGCCAAUUAACCAGUAGCAAAAUAUGACAGAUAUUUAAGACAUUCCAUAGUAAAACCCCUUGUUUAGAUAGAUAGGUAUUAGUAUAUGUAUAGCAUUAUGGAAUCAUUGUUUAUUGUACAGCUGUGAAGCAGCAUUGGUGUUAAACUACACGCGAAACUGUCAUUUUAUGUGUUGAGUACUAUCUAUGUAUAGAUAUGGAAUUAUUGGAGAAAAUAUAUAUUAUAUGAAAUAAAUGUAUUAUCCUGGUAUGUAUUACUAAAACAGUAA